CUGGGGAAUGACAGGCAUCUCCACAGGGAGGCUGCAUCCACCUCGGCUGAGGUGUCGUCAUCGGCUGCCUAUUAAAAAAACCUACAGGACAAUGCAUACCACCAACGGCUGACUGUAAACACAGGGGAUAUGUGUUCACUUAGCACGGACUUCUGGGAGGGGCUAAGGAAGGGCGGUCUGGAGUUUUAUUGAAUAGAGCAGUGUGUAUUAGGCUGCCUGCCUGCCUGCCCUCUUGCUGUGCUCCUGCUUAAAGAAAUCGGUCCUUCCUUUCCGACUUAGUCCCAGGAAGAAGUUUCAGCCUACGAGGUAUCAUUAAAACAUUCCUGUAUCAUCCAAUCGAAUUCCAUAGGGAUUGGCGAUCAACCGGAAGUCUUCAACGUGGAUAUCUGAUUGCUUACCAAUCCAGACAUCAUCUGGUCUCCGUAAACCUGAAACCACACCAUGGAUGAUUUUGAACGUCGCAGAGAACUCAGGAGGCAAAAGAGGGAAGAGAUGCGCCUAGAAGCAGAAAGAAUCGCCUACCAGAGGAAUGAUGACGACGAGGAAGAGGCUGCCCGGGAACGGCGCCGCCGAGCCCGACAGGAAAGGCUGCGGCAGAAGCAAGAGGAAGAAUCCUUGGGGCAGGUGACUGACCAGGUCGAGAUUAAUGCUCAGAACAGUGUGCCUGACGAGGAGGUCAAGACGACCACCACCAACGCUCAGACAGAGGGUGACGACGAGUCCGCUCUCCAGGAGCGCCUGGCUCGGCGUGAGGAAAGACGCCAAAAACGCCUGCAGGAAGCCCUGGAGCGGCAGAAGGAGUUCGACCCCACAAUAACAGAUGCCAGUUUGUCAGCACCAAGCAGAAGAAUGCACAACAACACAGCAGCAAAUGAAACCGCGGAGAAGGAAGAAACAAGCGAAAGUCAUCGAGAAAGCUAUGAGGUAGAGGAAACGGAAAUAGUCACAAAGUCUUACCAGAAGAAUGAUUGGAGGGAUGCUGAAGAGAAGAAGAAAGAAGAAAAAGAAGAGGAGGAAGAGAAGCCGAAGCAAGGGAGCAUCAGAGAAAAUCAGGUAGAGGUGAUGGUAGAAGAAAAAACAACAGAAACCCAAGAGGAAGCAGUGGGAAUGUCAUUGAAAAAUGGGCACAUCAGUGCAGAUGAGCCUAAACUAGAGGAGGAGAAGGAACGAGGUUCAGAUGAGAUUACCGGUAAUGAAAAGAUGGAGAAGGAAGAAAGGGAAAGCGCUGAGGCCGAAAGAGUCAGGUUCGAAGCAGAAGAAAGACAGAGAAUUAAAGCUGAGCAGGACCAAAAGAUAGCAGAGGAGAAAGCACGAAUUGAAGCUGAAGAAAAAGCAGCAGAGAGAGAGAGGGAAAGAAGGGAGGCAGAGGAGAAGGAAAGGGUUAAGGAGGAAGAGAGAAGAGCAGCAGAGGAGAGGCAGAGGGCAAAGGCAGAGGAAGAAGAGAAAGCUAAGAUAGAAGAGCAAAAACUUAAACAGCAGCUAGAGGAGAAAAAAAGUGAAAUGCAAGAGAAAAAGUUAAAAGGGGAAAAGGUAGAAGAGAAAAUAGAAGGGAAAUGGGUCAAUGAACAGAAAGGCCAAGAAGAUAAACGUCAGACAGCGGUCCAAAAGAAACAGGAAGAAGAAAAGGGGGCUAAAGAGCAACUUAAAAGAGAAAAGUCUCAAGAAGACAAGCCUACCUUCAGAAGAGAAGAGAUCAAAGACGAGAAGAUUAAAAAGGACAAAGAGCCCAGAGAAGAAGUUAAGAGCUUCUUGGAUGGAAAGAAGGGACUGACAGAAGUGAAGUCGCAGAAUGGAGAAUUCAUGACCCACAAACUUAAACACACAGAGAAUACAUUCAGCCGUCCUGGAGCAAAGACAAGCGAGGCCAAGGAGGCAGAAGGCACUUCCCAAGUGGAAGCCGGCAGGCGCCUGGAGGAGCUGCGCCGCCGCCGCGGGGAAACCGAGAGCGAAGAGUUUGAGAAGCUCAAACAGAAGCAGCAAGAGGCAGCCCUGGAGCUGGAGGAGCUGAAGAAAAAGAGGGAGGAGCGAAGGAAGGUUCUGGAGGAGGAAGAGCAGAGGAGGAAGCAGGAGGAAGCAGAGCGAAAAGUCAGAGAGGAGGAAGAGAAGAGGAGGCUAAAAGAAGAGAUUGAAAGACGAAGAGCAGAAGCUGCUGAGAAACGCCAGAAGAUGCCAGAAGACGGCUCAGCAGAUGACAAGAAGCCGUUCAAAUGCUUCACUCCGAAAGGUUCAUCUCUCAAGAUAGAAGAGCGAGCAGAAUUUUUGAAUAAGUCUGUGCAGAAAAGUGGUGUCAAAACAACUCAUCAGGCGGCAGUUGUCUCCAAGAUUGACAGCAGACUGGAGCAAUACACCAGUGCCAUUGAGGGAACAAAAACUGCAAAACCGGCAAAGCCAGCAGCCUCAGAUCUGCCUGUCCCUGCCGAAGGCGUUCGCAAUAUGAAGAGCAUGUGGGAGAAAGGAAAUGUGUUCUCAUCCCCCAGUGCGUCGGGCACGCCCAACAAGGAAACUGCUGGCCUGAAGGUGGGGGUUUCCAGCCGCAUCAACGAAUGGCUAACUAAAACCCCCGAUGGAAACAAGUCACCUGCUCCUAAACCUUCAGAUUUGAGGCCAGGAGACGUAUCUGGCAAGCGGAACCUCUGGGAAAAGCAAUCUGUGGAUAAGGUCACGUCCCCCACUAAGCAGGUUUGAGACAGUUCAAGACAGAACCCCGAGUAGCCGCGCAAGAUGCUGGGCCAGCUCAGUGGACGAGGGCUAACGUGCUCUGUGUUAUAUUUAUGUUGAUUUGCUUAAUUGGGUUCAUGUCCUUUUGUUUUGUUUCUCAUUAUCCCAGUAAACCUAUGUAUAUUAUCACUAUAUUUAAUAAUCACAGUCUAGAGGUGUUCAUGGUAAAAAGUACUGCCUUUGCACAGGAGCCUGUUUCUAAAGAAACCCAUGCUGUGAAAUAGAGACUUUUCUACUGAUCACCAUUACUCUGUGUCUGAACAGUGAUACCAACUGCAUCGGAAGUCAAACAAAAGGAGAUUCAAGUUGAAAAUUGCAGAAAAACGAACUGUAGUGGGUUGUUGGGUUUUUGUUUGUGUGUUUGUUUAAUUUUAAAUACAGAAGUCAUGUUGUUUCUGCACUUUAAAGCAUGGAAGACAUUAUCUUCGUAGGCAAUUAUAACACUUUCUGAAAGUCACCCAUUUCAGAGUUGAGAUACUGCAAUAAUGAUUGUCUUUAAAACAAAAACAAAAAAGUACUGUUAAGGUAUUACUUUUUUCAUGCUGAUGAAUUAAGUUGGAUCAUGAUGUUAGCUGACAGUGGUACUGAUUUCUCUAGGUUGGUUGCUUUGUGGAUUUCUUUGGUAGUGAUAGUAAACCACGUUUUAGAUGACCUAGUCAUGUAUGUAUGUGCAUAAACAUAUACAAACACACGAACGGCAGAAGCUUUUUUUUAUGUGCUCAGCUAUUAUAUUUAGCGGUGUGUCCUUGUAACUAGCCGAUAUCACAGCUUUUUAAAAAUUAAAAAUCACAAUAUUAUAUUAAUAUUUCAUACUUGCCAAGAGAGACAUGGCAGAAUAAGUAUCGAGACGUUUUCAAUGCCCAAUAGAUAACCUGUAAGAAAAAAAGAGAGACUCAAAAUGUCAAAAUGACUUGACAUUUUCUAUAAAACAUAGUAUUUAGUUUAUGAUUAAAAGCAAUCUUGAAGUCCAAUGUGAAUUUUACUAAAUCGACCAUCUGGGUCAAACUCAAAGCUUGCUGAAAACUUUAUUCUGUUAAUCAAGUUCACAAUUACGUUGGCCUAGAUGAUAUCUGAGGGCUGUUCCUUUUUUGAAAUGUAAAGACAAGAGUUUUAGUGACAAGACUGUAUAGAUUGAAAUUCCAUGUAUACAGUGACCAACUUAGGCUACUGUCUAGAAACAGACAAGAAAAAUAAGCAAACUCCAGUAUGUAGGAGUCGUGACAGUGCUCCAUCUUUAAAAUACUGAACCAUUUUUCAAAUUAAACUUUUCUACUUAUAAGUCAUUGGUACUUGUCAUAAGUUGAUAAUGUGUUGAACUUCCAAAAAGUAAAUGUAACUUUCAGUAGUUUUACCUUUUCCCCCGAGUCUUGACUAACUCAUCAUUUUUAACGCACGCAAUCCAAACAUCAGAUCUUAUUUUAGCUUAUAAUUCAGUGUUCAUCUGUUCUUCGCAGUAGAUGAUACAAGAGUACUCCAGUGUCUUGGCAAUAUGGUGUAGCCUAGAGAUACAUAAGGUAGAUCUAUAAAAUUCUACCUCAUUUGACUUAACCAAAAUUGUCCUACUCUCAAUUCCCACCACCAUGAGGGAGCCUCCCCGUGAGUAUUUUCUCAUUUAUAGUAUCCCCUGGAAGAGCCAGCCAGGGCAGGGCUGGCAUGAGAAGUGACCACUGCCUUGCAAAGUCUAUUUUCCUCAAAAAUCAGUCAAGAGUAGUUGAGUUCUCUAGCUUUUAGCACACCUGGGCAAAAGGAAGGAACGCCACCAAGACUGCACGUGUCACCAACCCAUGACAGAGUAGAUGUAAGUCUAUGAUAAGAUGAACUAGAUCCACAUGUAGUGCCUGACUUAGCAUUGACUCCCAUCAUUGGAGUGAAAUGGAUCAAAGUUUGAAUCAAGGCCCGUGGCUAUGUAACAUUGCUUUGUUGUACUUUUGAUCAAGAGCUUCUCCUGAUCACUAUUAUAUAUUUUUUUUCUAGAAAGUCUAAAGUUGAGAAGAGAAUAUAUCGAUCCUGACUUUCAUUCCAAUAUUUGGAUGGAAUAGGUUUUAGGGUAGAAUUUUGUUCAGUUUGGAUUUAAUCUUGUUGAAAAAUAAAUUCCUUGUUUA